AUGGAUUUAGAACCGCCUCGGCCAUUAGCGUUUGGGUUCCCUUCUCCGCAUGGCCUCACUCCUGCCCUCGACUCACCAACUCUGGGAAGCUCCGUGUAUAGCCCCAAUCCCGCCGUUCUGUCUCCUCCGCCCGCCGACAUCCUCAACGAGAACUACAAGAGCGCCGUCGCCGACAACUAUGCCGACAGCGCCAACCGCAAUGGCAAGCCCCGCACCUCGCACGCGCUGGACCCCAACGACGCCGUCGUCAUGCACCUGCUGGUCGAGACGGCAGUCGGCGACAGUCUGGGAUACGAGGUGCUUUCGUUCGAAGAGGUGGAGGCGCUCAAGAAGGAGCGGACGUCGCUGACGUCCAAGAUGGAGGCCGUGGGACAGAAACUGGCAUUGGAGACCAAGAUGCGCGACGCCGCCCAGUCCCUCAGUCGGCUAGACCCGAAGCGGCGCGGCUCCAACGGCGAGGAAGGAGCAGACGAGACGAGCAACGGCGCCGACCAAUCGGCGAAGAGUGAAGCUGACUACAAGGCGAGCGCGCAGAAGUGCGAUGAGUUGUCGCGCGAGCUCUGGCAGAUGGAGAGGAGAUCCAGGCAGAUUGAGAACCAGUUGCUGAGACACACGGCUGGAAUCCUGCAGAUGACGCACAAGGGCCCGACUAAGCGCACUCGGAGCAGACAAUCACUGGCGAACGGUGCCCCGCAAGCCAAUCGCCCGGAUAGCCCCGCCAGCAGCUACACCUACGAGAACUCUGGCGCCCGGAGCCCUGUUCGCCACGACGAUAAAGACGCUUUCGACGACCGAAGCCUCUAUAGAUCGCCGGAAAACCUCGACAAACUAGUCGACGCACUUAAGCAUGGAAAGGCCUUGACGGCCCGCUCUAAUCCGCUCGGAGAUGACGACUCGCCAAUGACUAAUGACACACUACAAUCGGUGGAUAAGAGACUGGAGGACCUCAAUGACCGGCUGCGCCAGUUGAUCGUCCAGGCUAAUCCUGACGCGAACAAGGAGUAUGAUGCAGGCCCGAGGGGCACGGGAGAUGGGAAUGCAGCUCAGCGGGCCGCCAACAUUGAGGAGAAGCUGGACUACCUGGACCAGGCGCUGCGGGACAUUGAAGCUGAGCAGAGUAACAUGCGCUCGAACGGCUCAAUGCCCUCAGGCAUGGGAGAGCGUCUGGAGAACAUCAACCACCAGCUUUUCCAGCUUGUCAGCAGAGCGCCAAGAGAAAACAGCGAGGAGUUUCCUCCGCCUCCUCAAGAAGGCGCCGAAAACCAGCUUCAAUACAUCGACGAUGCUCUUUACGCCAUGGAACAAUCACAGCAAGAGCUUCUUUCGCAGCUGGAGCAAGCCCGCAACGCCGAUACUUCAGAGCUCACUGCGUACUGGAAAGAGCAGGCCACGGACUACGAAAAGGUGUGCGAGAGCCUCUGGGAACUCAUCCGUACCGGCCACGAAGAUGCUCGCCAGCGGAAGCUGCAGCGCAGGAGGGUCCUCGAGGCGGACCCGGAGGCCGAGGCGGAGCUGGGCGAACUGUCGCCCGACGAGGACCCCAUGCCGGAAGAGUUCACGCUCAGCCGCUUCAAGAACCACGUCGAAGAUAUGUACCGCAGGGCAUCCGGCUUGAAGGAGAAGCAGUCGAUCCUUCGCCGCCAGAUCAAGCAGCAGCGCGAGCUGAACGAGAAGUCCGACGCCGAAAGGGAGGAAGAGUUCAUGCGCCUGCGCGGCGAAAUCGACCGACUCCGCCAUCAGCUUCACGCCAACUCUUCGGAUUCCGGCGCGCUGCAGGGCGCCGAAGAGCGCAUCUCAGAGCUCGAAACGGCAAAGUCGGAAGCAGAGGCCAAGGUCGCCGAGCUCAGCCAGAACCUCGAGGCGUCCAAGGCCAGCGAGGCGGAGAAGGCUCGCGCCAUCGAGCAGAAGGAGGAAGAGCUCGCCAAGACGGACAAGGAGCUGCGGGAGCUGGAGGGCGAGAUGGUGAGGCUGCAAACGGAGCUCACAAUGGCGAAGGCGGAGCUGGAUGGCGCCUACGGCACUCGGGCACAGCGCGCUGCCGAGGUUGCAUCGAACCCGGAGAUCAAGCGCGAGCUGGAAGAGCUGGGCAGGAUCAACCUGGAGCUGACGGGACAAGUUGCGCAGCUCACAGAAUCCCACGCCGCGGCGCAGCGCUCGGCCAAGGACGUGGCGGAGCGCGAGAGGAUGCUGCGCGAGGAGCUUCGCGACACCAUCAGCGAGUUCGAGGAGAUGACCAAGGCCAACGUCGAGAGCGAGAAGGAGCGCGAGGGCCUCGAAGGCGUCAUCGACAACCUCCGCGAGAAGAUCGAGUCGCUCGAGUCGCAGCUCUCGGACGAGAGGAUGCGCUGGCUCGGCAUCAAGAGCCCGGCUGCCGUGCCCACGCCCGGCGCCCCUGGCGCUCCGGGUGUCGUCCUGACCGAGACUACCAGCACCAAGGUGAUGCGCGAAGAGUUCAGGAAGAUGAUGAGAGAAUCGAGAGCAGAGGCUAUAAAGGCCCUGAGGGCCGAACAAGACGAACGCAAGAAACUAGAGCAGAUCAUCAGGCACCUAAAGAAGGAACAGCUGCCCCCUCCCAAGUCGCCCAAGGCCGGACUGAGCCGAAGCAUGACGGCGGUAAUGUAA